ACAAAAGUAGUUGCGUACUGCUCACUUUUGAGGUAACACUGCAAGUUUGAGGAAAAAAAUGUCUCUUUUUGUCAUAAUCAUAAUAUGUGCAAUCCUUCAAGUGCCUCUAAGCCUGUCGAAGUCAUGCGUUGCGCGCAAUGGGCUUUGUCCUGCGUCUUGGACAAAGUGGGAUGAAAGUUGCUACCGCGUUACACCCAACUCGUUGACGUACGACGACGCCCGUGAAGCCUGCCGUAGACUGGGAGCCAAGAUGGCAGCGCCGCACUCUGACCAGGAAAACGACUUCCUGGCAAGCCUGGCCCAAGGCAGUGAGAUUUGGGUGGCUUGCACCGAUCGGAGGCAGGAGGGUGAGUGGGAGUGUGAGGGGUCUAAAGACGGUCAAGGAAUCUACACCAACUGGUUUGACGAUCAGCCCGAUAAUUCCGGCGGAAAUGAGCACUGCGCAACCAUAUUGUCAGCAGAGAAGAAAUGGAAUGACUAUCCGUGCAAUGGCGAGCAGCUGGCCGUUUGCAAACAGGAACCUCGUACCCAUUGCUUCACUACUAACAGCGAAGGACGUCUUGAAGAUGAUUCUUGUCUCUAGAGCUUGUUAUGAGAUCUGAAUGUGUGGGGUCUCAAAGAGGGCAAAGAAAUAUACAGCAAAUGGAGGGACAGAGAACCGAAUAAUGGAGGAUUGGGGGAACAUUUUGCUACAUACCGGCAGGCAAAAAGUGGAAUGACGUACGGUGUGAGGUGAAGCUGCUGACGGUCUGCAAGCGACAAACUCUCGGAUCCUGCUUCACUACCAACAACGAAGGGUGGAUCGAAGUUGACUCUUACCUCUUAAAACCACAUUUUGAAUGAUUAACCGUGGAUUUUAAGAACUUCAAAUCAUUUUGAACAAUUGUAGUGGUAAUUUGUAUACCGUCAUCAUGCAGAUUGUUUUUGUUUCUGACUGUUUGAAUCUUCACGCAGGACUGCUCCUUUGGCAUGACCAUUUGCAUUAAUGAUGAAAUUGGAACGUACUGCAGAACAGUCAAGCAAGUAUGACACUUACCAUUCGUCAGAUAACUUUCUCAAUAUUUUAGUCUAAAUGAACUCCUACCAAAAGGAGGGAUUUCGGAAGGCUUUUUGUACCGUUAUCUUCUUUUCAUUUCUUGCUGUAGCUAUUGUCAUUGGUUGGUAAGUUUCUGGAGAAUUGACGAUGUUCUUAAACCUACGAAGUCUCCAUGCUAUAGCUUCAUUCACAAGUUGUGAAAUUAAUUCACAUUUCGAUGUAUUCCUUCUGACAAACCAGACAAAAAAGCACUGUUAAGAUAAUUUUUUUAAGAGUCGUUUUCAUUUAUCGCGCCAUUCACCAGUUUGUACCAAGCGAUUACGCGUCCCUAUCUCUUUGGGUAAUUGAUGAUUGGUAAAUCCUACUCUCAAUCGUGACUGCAAUUCAGUGAGGAAUUCAGCAACCAUUGAGAACAUGUAGGUCUUCGUUUUGCUUUCAAUUGGCAAUAAAUGUUGAUAAAAGAUGAGCACUUAACUAUAGACUUUUGCUCUGAAAGGCACACAAGUGAAACACUAUGAUGGAAUAGACUUCUUUUUUUG